AUACUUGUAUACAACGUACCGAUAUAAUUAUAAUUAUACAAUUAUUAAUUACCAUACCUACAGCGUGUGUUGUUUUAUUGCACGAAAGUUUGAAAUUUGGACACUUUUUAUUUCAUUUUGUUUUUAUAUUAUUUUAUUGACAUUAUACAAUUAUUUACGUAAAUAAAUAUAGAUACUCGUCCUGCGAGGAAGAUUGCUACAAAACCGUUUACAACGAACCGUCUGCAGUCUACGAGCAGGAAUUACCUAUUAUUAUGGCCAUGUCGGGACUUGAACCUAAUGCGACGAUCAUAAGAACAAAAUCGUUGCCUCGCAUUGAACUGACAUCACCUAUAUUAGUUGCAUCCGACCAGGAUUCACAUGGGUCUUAUAAAAGUUGCAAUAUUCGUGAGCAAGAAAUCCUGCAGACACCUACUGUAAGACGUUCGACGGUAAAAGCUCUGAUCGACAAGCACAGGUCGUUUCAAGACAAAUUACUAAAAGCUAAAGUUAAUGACUUCAACACUAAAAAGAAAUCAUUUGUCAAUGCUUGCCAAAAUUUGUAUGCUUCGUACAACGAUUGUAUACAAAUGGACGGUGACUCGAAACAGGUGGAAAACGUCGAAAGUUUCGUGAAAAAUCAUGUGUUUGAAGUUAUGAAUGCCGACAUUUUAGUAAAUAAUCAGAAACCACUAGAAAUAGAAAAACAUGUGUUAAACUCCGAAAACAUUGAUUUCAAAACUGGAACGCUGGAAUUAGAUACAAUUCUUACCACUAUGGGAAAAAGUUUUUGGCAAAAUAUUGUUUCAGUGGUCAGCAUCAACAAUGCUUACUACCAAUGUUUAUUACAAAUUAUGGACAAUCGUAAAUUUAAAAAUCUCGAGGACGUAAAGGUUCAUGUUAAUUCGGUGUUAAAAAUAGCUGGCGAUGAUCAUGAACUAAUCGGAUCGGAACUCCUUGCCACUUCCAAAGAGUAUAUGGAAAAAAUCGGCAUCGUAUUAGACAGAAAAUUAAAUGAGAAAUUCAAGAAACCUCCACCAUCGAACCACAGUAGCAAGAUAAGUGCUCUUAGUAUGGAGUUGGCCCAAAGUAAGAGGCGCAUGAAGAUAGCUGAAAAUAGUAUCGCUCAACUUCAGAAGGAGAAGAAAGAUUUGUUGAACAUUUUAUCCAGCUAUGAUUCUGAAAACAUUCACAAAAUAUCUUUGGAGAAACGGCUCGAAGCUGAACAACAAAAAAACAAUGAAUUACGGGAUUUAAUUAGUACUAUUUUCAAAAAGAAAAUGCCUUUUAAUAUCACCUAAACAAUAAUAUAAACAGCGAAUUAAAUAAAUGUUUUUUAAAUUA